AUGGAGGGAGAUGCCAUUUUUUAUCUGGCUGGCUGGAAGCAUCAAGUUGUGUUGAGGAAGGAGAAGGAAUUAGGGAAGUGGAGAGUUAUUGGUAGGGCAUUCGUACCAGUUCAGGACAUUGAACGGGUCAUUCAGCAGAAGAAUGGAAAGAAUUACUCCGGACCGGAAAGCUCAGGACCAUUGAAAACAUCUAUCUACAUGCUAUUAUUAGUCUUUUACCAAUGGAAUCCAAGACAAGUCAUCAGCGGAGAGGUUGAGAUUGAAGACUAUGCAAUAGAUGUAAAGAAGAAAAGACUUGCGGACCUAACGUUGAAAGCUCAAGACGCUGCUAAAAGAGAACUAAAUAUCGAGAGAGAAUGA